UGGAAUUUUAGUCAUAAAUGGAUUUUGAUUUGAAUUUUUCUCCUCUCUCAUUAAAUUAUCUCAGUAUCUAAAAGACUAUUACAUAAGAUUAAAGAGAGGAGGAAUGAGAAUUCUUGUCAAAAAUGGAAUCUUUAUAGCAAAUCCUUUUUUUUUAUAGUGUGAAAGAUUUACCCGUUUGGUUCUUGAAUCUGAUUUUGCAAAAAGGGACUUGAAGGAAGGUUGUUUGAUUUUGUAGCUGAAGAGGGUUUCUUCUGUGUUUAAGGAGGCAUUUUUGAAAGGUGUCUAUUGUGGCUGUCAUUGAUCAUUUAUGGUGUGUUUGCACAUAGGAUUGAAGGUUGAGUUGAUUCUUGAUUGAUGGGUUUGAACAAAUUGUCUUUUGAAAACAUAGUGAAACUGAUAGGACAAUUUGAGGGGAUUGUCGAAUUGGAACCUCCUCCUGAAUUGAAGAAGGAAAAGGAGAAGAAAUUUGGUACUUGUUACCAGGUUUUUUAGCCUGAUUUCGGAAAAAAAUGGACGAGGAAGCUAUUUCUUGGAUUAGGAGAACGAAAUUUUCUCAUACCAUUUGUCAUAGGUUGGAUGCAACAAGAUUGUCCAUUAGUCCUGUCAGUUUUCAGCCUAGAAGUAUUGCAGGUGCCAAAACUAGACCUGGAACAAUUUCUCUUAAUUCAAGACCGGAUCUAACUGUUAGGCAAAUUCAGCAAAACCUGAGUACAAAUAAGCAGAGGGCUCUAUCCCCUCUUCCAAAAACAAAACUUUCCGAUACCUUUAAGGAAGCUCGAUCUAGUCAGAGGAGAUUUUCGACUCCACAUCCUCAAAGGAAGGGACAUGAGAAAGGCAUUGUGGGUAAGCUAUUCCUCAAAGAUUCUCAUGAAAAGAAAACAGCUAGUUCUGGUUCUGCUGUUUCAAUGUCGUCAUUGAAGUUCAAUGACAAAUCAAAGAGCCGGAACCGGAAAGAUUCUGCAUGGACAAAGUACUUUGAUCAUAAUGGGCGCAGGGUUACGGCUGUGGAAACAGCUGAUGAAUAUACUGUUGAUCUUUCCAAGCUAUUUCUUGGGCUAAGAUUUGCUCAUGGUGCACAUAGUCAGCUUUACCAUGGAAUAUACAGGGAUGAACCUGUUGCUGUGAAAAUGAUAAAACUACCUGAUGAUGACGAAAAUGGAGAUUUAUCGACUCGGUUGGAGAAUCAGUUUACCAGAGAAGUUACUCUCUUGUCUCAACUCCACCAUCAAAAUGUCGUAAAGUUUGUAGGAGCAUGCAGAAAGACACCAGUCUUUUGUGUUGUCACUGAGUAUCUAUCUGAGGGUUCUUUGAGAGCAUACCUUCACAAGCUUGAGGACAAGUCCCUAACCUUUCAAAAAUUGAUUGCACUGGCCUUGGAUAUUGCUCAUGGAAUGCAAUAUAUUCACUCACAAGGCAUUAUUCAUAGGGAUCUCAAACCGGAAAAUAUACUUAUCGAUGAGAACUUCCGCCUGAAAAUUGCAGAUUUUGGAAUUGCUUGUGAGGAAGCAUAUUGUGAUCUUUUGGCUGAUGAUCCAGGUACUUACCGAUGGAUGGCACCGGAGAUGAUUAAACGAAAAUCAUAUGGACGGAAGGUGGAUGUUUAUGGUUUUGGACUCAUUUUAUGGGAAAUGGUGGCUGGAACCGUUCCUUAUGAAGAUAUGACACCAGUACAGGCUGCUUUUGCUGUUGUGAACAAGAAUACUAGGCCACCUAUUCCGGGGGACUGCCCUCCUGCUAUGAGAACUUUGAUCGAACAGUGUUGGUCUUUGCAACCAGAAAAGAGGCCUGAGUUUUGGCAGAUUGUGAAGAUACUGGAGCAGUUUGAAUCUUCAGUUGCACAUGAUGGGACUCUGAAUCUAGUACAAAAUUCAAUGUUUCAUCACAAGAAGGGGUUUCUUCAUUGGAUCCAAAAACUUGGAUCCGCACAUCAAAAUGCUUCAUCAAAGUCUAAGGCUUUCUCAUGAGUUCCUGGAUUAUCUAGCUUUGAUAGCUUCACCAAGUCCCGCAGUAAUUAAAGAGGUUUCUGUUCCGUUCUGCUAUGUUUUUUCUGCCUCACCAUUAUAUUAAUGCGUGAUUAGGUUGUAGAUGUGCGUCGAGGUGAAAUGCUUCUGUAAUUUUACAUGAUAGAUAACAAGGAACAUGAUCACCAGAUUUUGAGUGUGAUUGCAAAUUGCCUGUCUAUGGCUAGGAGUAACGUGACUGAAAUAAAGCUCUCUUUACCCUUUACUAA